AUGAGGCUGGCAGAGGGUCCGGUCACCCUCAGGACGCCCCUCUUGCUGCUUGGGCUCUGGGUGGUGCUGGCUCCAGCCCCGUGUUCUCAAGGUCGUCCCUCCUGGCGCUACAUCUCCUCGGAGGUGGUGAUUCCCAGGAAGGAGCUGCACCAUGGCAAAGCCGUGCUGGCAGCAGGCUGGCUCUCCUACAGCCUGAGGUUCGGGGGCCAGAGACACGUCCUCCACAUGCGGCGAAAGAGACUCUUUUGGCCUGGACAGCUGGUGGUGAUGACGCAGGAUGACCAGGGGGCCUUGCAGGUGGACUACCUCUAUUUCCCUCUCGACUGUUACUACCUGGGCUACCUUGAGGACGUCCCUCUCUCCAUGGUCACCGUGGACACGUGCUAUGGGGGCCUGGAAGGCAUCAUGAAGGUGGAUGACCUGGCCUAUGAAAUCAAACCCCUCAAGGAUUCCCAGAGGUUUGAGCACAUCGUUUCUCAGAUCGUAGCCGACACUAACGCCAUAGGACCCAUGUCCACGCUGGGACACAAGGCUGAGAGGUACCCACCUCUCUCUGACUCGAACCCCAGUGCAGCCUCCAGGGUCAGCAGUAAGCUCUAUUCAUCCCACCUUGUAACUAUGAAAGGCUGUCUCAUGAGUGCCCAUUCCAUUUAUACUAUGUACAAGAAUGUGUCACAGUGUGCCCAAUUCCUGGUACAUCUAGGUAGUUUAAUAGAUGCCAUGUUGAGAGGUCUUAAUAUGAGGUUCUACAUCAGCCUCAUCGUCAUUUAUAAUAAGGGAGAGCCUGCAGACAUGAGCAACUAUGCUGUGCCACAAGGUCCAUAUGCUCAGAAUUAUAUUAACAACAUUUUCAAGUAUUUUCUUACAUAUCCAUCCUUGAUUGUGAACAGACAUGGGCCCCAUGAACUUAAUCAUCGACCAUACCUAUACGCGAUAUGCAGUAAAACAAAUCUCAUCUUUCUGGGCCACCUAUCCAGACAUUAUUUAUUGUUAUCAAUUAUAGCCUCCCACCAAAUAGGGGUUCUUUUCGGUCUGUAUUUAGAUAUGAGCGACUGUGUUUGCCAGAGAAGGGCCACCUGCAUCAUGUACAGGUACCCUGUGUUGACAGAUUCAUUCACUAACUGUUCCUUUGCACACACACAACACAUUCUUAAUAAAAAUGUAGGCCGCUGCCUCUUCAGAGAAAUAGUGUAUUCAAACAGAAGGUUUUACAGGCUGUACCUUAGGAGGAGAAGGUGACAAAUCCUGACACCCAUUCAAUGUGGAAACUCUGUGGUGGAAGACAAAGAGCAGUGUGACUGUGGGACCUUCAAGCGGUGUUACACCAACCCAUGCUGUGACAGUGACUGCCGCUUUACACCUGGGAACAUUUGUAACGGGGAAACCUGCUGCACAAACUGCACCUACACGCCUGCGGGGACGCUCUGCAGACCAAUCCAGAACAUCUGUGACCUUCCCGAGUACUGCAAGGGGAAGGACACGCGGUGCCCCAGUGAUUUUUAUCUGCAAGAUGGAACCCCAUGCACCGAGGAUGGCUACUGCUACCAUGGCAAUUGUACGGACCGCAGUAUGCACUGCAAGGAGAUCUUUGGGGAAGGGAAACAAAAACAGGACCAAAAUGAGACUUUUUGUUACACUCUGAAGAGUGGGUGUCCAUUUCACAGGAUCACCAAGAGACCUAAUAAUUAA